AUGUCUAUGGUACGAAGACAAGCCCGGCAAAGAAGGGAUUACCUUCACCGGCGAGCCCUGGCUCUCCAAGAGAGCGCUACGGCUGAGCGACGAGCCAAGCUGAGAGAGUCCCUGGCCUCUGGCAAGCCAUUGGCCGCCGACAUUGCCAAUGACAAGGAACUGCGCAAGGACUACGCCUACGAUGAGACGGCCGAGCACGAUCUCGCGCUGCUGGACGACGAAUACCAGGCUCUCUCCGGGAUCCAGGAUCCCCGGAUCCUCGUCACCACCUCCCGCUCGCCCUCGAGCAAGCUCAACACCUUCUCCAAGGAGAUCCGACUCCUGCUCCCGACGGGCACGUACAUAAACCGUGGUACCAUGACGAUGGCGGAGCUGGUGCGUGCUGCCAAGGCUGCCGGCCUUACGGAUAUUAUCCAUCUCGGCGAGACUAGAGGCACUCCUACCUCUUUAACGAUUAGUCACAUGCCGCAUGGGCCCACGAUCUCAUUUUCUCUUCAUAAUGUCACCCCUAGAAGUGAUCUCCCUGGGUAUCUGAAAGGCACCAUCCCAGAGUCAUACCCGCACCUUAUCUUUGAUGGGUUCACCACAAAGCUGGGUAAACGUGUUCAGCGCAUUCUGACACACCUGUUCCCCCCCAGGGACGGAUCGAUGAAGCUUGGCAAUCGUGUGGUUACGUUCAAAAGAUUGGAUGAUGAUAGUAUAGAGUGUCGGCACCACUUGUACGUGAGGACUGGGUAUGAUCAAUUGGAGCUUUCGGAAGUUGGACCGCGGAUGACGAUGCGAGUCUAUGAGAUCCGGAACUGUACGAUUGAUAACAAGGAGGGGGAUGUUGAGUGGCAGUACUCCCACUACACGAGAACUUCGAGAAAGAAGACUCAUCUGGGGUAA